ACAUCAAAAAAAUUUUUAGUCUUGUACCACAUGCACUUCUAGCUGGCCUGGCUCAACAAUUUUUGCAUAUGUCAUUCCCAAUCCCCACCUUACAAUGUCACCAAAAAAUUAGUCACUACGUUGUCACAGUGGCGCAAUAUGAGCAUCCCGAUAUGAGAGAUAUCGCUGGCGUUAGUGAGUUUGUUAUCGGCGGGGCGGAUGCCAUUUCGGGCGAUCAUAGCUAUACUUUGGCAAGCACUAUGACAAGAUUCUGAUGUCGUAGUGACUUCAUUUUUGGAUGAACUAGUCAGGUGGGGGUUGGGAAUAACAUAUGUUAAAUAGUUGUGAUAUGCCCACCGGAAGUACUUGUGGUACGGUACUGAACUAUAUCAGACCUAGAAUUUGGACUGCAAUAAAUUCCUAUUUCCUCAAGUAAUCAAUCUUUCAAACAGUUAUGAAAUUUGUUUUUUAUUAAAGUACAAACACUUUCAUAUUACAGUAUUAAGAGUUUGUGUUUGAACAGGUUUGAUAUUUUGGUACACAUUAUACGGGUCUCCUGAAGUAUGCGUCCUUAGGUACUUCUAGUUGGCGUAGCACAACGAUUUUAUUAGUAUAAUAUUCCUAACCCCCACCUGAGUACGUCACCCAAAAAUUAUAUCACUGCGACGUCACAAUCAUGUCAUAGAGCUUGCUAAUAACUAAUGCCAGGCCGACUAGAAGUACUUGCGGCGUGUACUUCAGGAGAUCCCAGCAUACCAGUCACAUCACAAGAAAUGAUUUGUGACAUAGAACAUACAGUCUACAGACAUAUCGUUUUGCAUUGAAUCACAAAUUGGAUAUAAAUCCCUGUAUAACACAAUUUGCUCAAGUAGAUUUACUUUUUAGUUCAAGCAGCAAUCUACCUUGGGAUUCAUUGGGGUGUCUUGCAAUCGCAACUCCAUUUUCAUGAUUCAAAACUAUGUGGGAUAAUCCUAUUUAAUUGAAUGAUAUUGUUGGAUCUGAUAUAAUAGAACGUUUUUAUUUCUCUUUAUAUUUUAUCUGAUUUGCUUUGCAGUUUUUAUCUAUAAAAUGUUUCUGUUUCUAUGUUGACCUCUCAUAAUAUCUUGAGUUUGCAUAUAGGUGUGAAGAAAACUAGAUAAUAAAUUGGCCGAAACUUUUGUGAUAUGUCAUCAAACACUAUGGUCUAAUGUUCAUUUUAUAUUUUGUUUUAUGAUUCGGAUUUCUUUAUUGCUUUGUUUUUUAUUGCAUGUUAAGUCUUGCAAACAUGUAUUUUAAAUCUUACUCCAAUCUCUCUCAACUUACCAGUCAGAUCUUAGUAAUAAUUUUCAAAUAUAUCCGAUUUUAUAGUACUAAAAGCAUAGUACCGACUGAUCAGAUCUUCAGUUAGAAACAGAUUUCCUUGUAAUUGAUAUGGAUAAUAAUGGAAAUGUUGUCAAACCAAUUCAUAAGAAGAACAUAAAACAACCAAAUAUCACUAAAACAGAAGUCAUUCACAGCGGAAAAUGGCUGUCAUCCAAUAUUAUACAUUAUUCAGAUGAAGAUGGAGUUGAAAGACAAUGGGAAAGUGUUAGUAGAGUAACCAAAGUAAAUUCCGAUGUAACAGAUGGGGUUGCAAUAAUUCCUGUUUUAAAACGAAGACUACAUCAUGAUUUUUUUCUUCUUGUUAAGCAGUUCAGACCACCAAUUGGUGGAUAUUCUCUUGAAUUUCCCGGUGGACUUAUUGAUAAAAAAGAUAAUGGACCCUGUAAUGCUGCAAUACGUGAACUGUAUGAAGAGACAGGUUAUUGUGGUAAAGUUACCGAAGUCUUUGAAAAUUUUAACGCAACGUUAGAUCCUGGUGUUUCAGAAACAACAAUAACAUUCGUUUGUAUGGAAAUAGAUGGUGAUAGUAAAGACAAUGCAAUACAUCAACAGCAUUUGGAUGAUGGUGAAUCUAUUGAGAUUAUACUUUUUCCAGUCAGAGAUUUUACAUUGGCAAAGUUAACAAAAUGGUGCAACGACUCACAAGAUAAAAUAUCAGUUGAUUCGAGGGUGGUAGCAUAUGCAUUAGGUUUGCAAAUGGGUUCAAAUAUGAAUAGCAAAAAGAUGUCAAUGCUAAUGGAUGAUCCACCUAAUGAAACAUUCAAAUAAUUCAACAUUCUUCCCAUGUGUUCACUGAUUAUGAACUUAUUAUUGCAGGGAUUCUUGCAAUAGAUUGAUGCUAUGAAAUCCAUUGCCGCAUUCUAACUUAGUGAACAUUGACAGCUUGGCAGGAAUAUUAUGCAUUUUUUUUGAUAAUAAUGAGUAAAAUUCGAAUUUAAACUAUUAGUGUAGCCAUAUAGGUUGUUUCAAUUACUCAAAACAUACUAGCAAGCCAUAAAUGUCUGUGAAUAUCAUGCCUUAGACAUGUGGUAAUCUUAUCUUUGAGCACUUGUAGUUUGUGAAAUAAUGUUAUUCUCAUGAUCCAUGUAUUAUUUUGACAAGAUCUGGUAGAUUUGAGUGUAGUUUAUGUCCUCCUACUUAGUUCCUUUUGAAUUUACCCAGUAUUAAGGUAUUAGAACACAAUUAUUGUCUAAUAGUAUUCAAAGUAAAGUGAAUGAGUGAAAAACUUGUUAUCAUAAAGUUCAAUUUUAACAUUUCCUAUAUUAAAAGCCAGUAGGCUAAUCAGUUGUCGUUUUCAGUAGUUGUUGCGCAAGCAGAUGCGCAAGACAGAUUUUAGCUCCAAUACUACCCUAAUAUGACAAACAUCAGAUUGUGUAAUUAGUUAUACUCACACCACAACUGCUUUGUACCGACAUGUUGCGGUUUGCAGUUGAUUAUUAACUUAUGACUUAACGGCAAUCAUGAAUUAUUAACGACUAAAUAACUGACUGCCAUUUCUUUUCA